AGUUCGAAAACCUGCGUAAUUUUCAAUGUCAAUUCCAAAAUAUCCAGUUUUUCGUACCAACACUAAUUUUAUUUUGUGUCGUUUCACUACAUUCGUCUAUGUUUUGCUACAUUCCUGACAUCAAACUUGAUGCUAUUCACGCCAAUUGAGACAAACACAGUGAAAAUAUUAUGUAUACAGAAAAAAACCAUACCAUGGCAGCUGAGCGAAAAAAAAAAACCAUAUCAAUCUGGUUUUCACGUUAGGAAUGAGGCUCAAAGAACUCAGUAUCAUCGAAUUGCAAUCAGUUUAGUUUUACGUCUAGAUUGACAUACGCGUCAGAGAGCGUAUGUAUCAAAUUUUAUCAUUUUUUUUUAUUGUUCCGAGUAAUUUCCCCGUGCAACAAACAAGUUUGUGAAUGAUUCGGAUUUCCGUGAAACUGAUCGAAAAGAAUUAAACGGCUCAAUUUACAUUAACUUUCGUUUUAAAAUAAACCUCAACGAUCUUAACUCAAAUUUCAAAUAAGUGAUUCAUAAUUUUGUUUGCCUUACCUGGUUGUUUGUGCGGUUACCCAUCCAUUCCCAGUUAGUUGUGGAUCGUUGUUGCAAGUGCUUUGCAGUCAUUGGAGAAGUCGAGACAUAAGCAAACUGACAAUUUAGUUUCUAUUAAUAUUUACAAUUCAGUCAAGUGCGUGUUCAAUUUGAAUUCAAUUCACUUAGGGGAAAAAAGCAAAUAUGUUGCGUUCAAUUUGUGUAUAUAGCUUAUCAAUUUUGUUAUUAUUAUUUUCAUCGAUUCGCAUAUCAUGUGCACAAAAUUUGUGUUACACCCCAGAAAGUAUAGCCGGUGAUUGUCGAUCAAUUUACGAUUGUCCAAGUGUUCUAGCGCAAUUUCAAGGUCGAUUAACACGUCGUACAACGAACUAUUUACGAAGUCUUCAAUGUGAAAAUGGAAGCGGUCAAUAUCCUCAUGUGUGCUGUACUCUAUUCAAUAAUUUUGAACAGCCAGAGCAACCAAAUCCAUCAAACUGGCAGUCGAAUCGGCCGCAGAGUUAUGGCAGCAGCAGCGGUCGAAGACGUGGUAGUGGUCAAAUUCUACCCGGCACUGGAACCUGCGGCCUAACUUCAUUGUCCCAACGUAUUUAUGGAGGCGAUGAUACACUUCUCGAUGACUAUCCGUGGAUGGCGCUUCUCGAAUACCGAAAUCGUAAUCGACGAGAACGAAAAUUAAGCUGCGGUGGUUCUCUAAUAAAUUCACGUUACGUACUCACAGCGGCCCAUUGCUUAGUUGGUGAAAUCGAGAAACGCGUCGGAGAAUUAGUUGCCGUGCGAUUGGGCGAGUAUGAUCUAACAAAGGAAAUUGAUUGUCUGGGGAAUACUUGUGCCGAUCCCGUAAUAACCGUGGGUGUUGAGCAAAAAAUACCGCAUGAACGCUAUAAUGAGAAAAAUAAAAAUCGCGCAAAUGAUAUAGGCCUGAUUAGACUGGAUUCGGAAGUCACUUUCACGGAUUACGUCAGACCGAUCUGUUUGCCAUCAUCAGUAAAUUCUCCAAGGACACUGCCGAAUGAGCGGCUCGUUGCGGCUGGAUGGGGCCGCUCUACCACGAUGCGACAAAGUGCCAUAAAACAACACGUUGAAUUACCAGUGUACGACCAUGAAGAAUGUACGAAUAAAUACAGAGCGCUUGGAAUAUCGGUCAAUAAGAAUCAAGUGUGUGCCGGUGGAAUAUUCGGUUUCGAUACAUGUGACGGUGACAGCGGCAAUCCUCUGAUGAAAGUUCUCGCAAGUGGAUGGGUGGUUGAGGCACUCGUAUCAUUCGGACGUGGUUGUGGUUUGGAAGACUUUCCAGCCGUUUACACGAAAGUCUCUAAUUACGAUAAUUGGAUAAAGAAAAAUUUGAGAGCCUGAGAGAGUGCAAUGAGUCAUCACUUGGAAUCAAAAUGAGCUGCGAUUCACUUUAAGUUUAAGGGAAACUGUAUGGUUUAUUAAAUAUUCUGUAAUAAAUAUAUUAUGGCCAUCGUAACCGAACACAUCGACGGAGAUUUUAAUGCACAUAAUGCGCAUUAAAAAUAUAAAACACGAUAAAAAAAACAUAUACAUACACACAUCCACACCGAGAACUGUCGCAAAUACAUUUUGUUGCAUCUCCAAUUUUCCUCUGUGUUUUUUUUUCUCGUUCAUACACUUUUAAUUCGUCCCAUAUUUUUACGCACUAAAUCUCACAUUUAUAUACGAAUAUCAAUGUGAACGACACACAUCAAUAAAACGUAUUUUUGAUUCCCCAUUUUGUGCGAAACAAACGAACAACCAAAAUAGCAACAAUAACGGAAAAAAUGAAUGAUAUAAAGUCGUUUACUUUUCCUUCCAUAUCGAUAUGCCGAGCAAUAAAAAACAAAAGCAAAAUUUUAUGUGUUUCUAAAAUUUAUAUUGUUUUUAUUUCAUACCGUGCAUAAAACCGAAUAUUUUCAGUUCAUAUUGAAGGCAGUGAAAAGAAAUGCGACUGCAAAAAAAAGAUAACGAGCACAAAAAGUAGCAAUAAACCACAGAGAGUGAGAGAACAGAAAAAAAGUAACAAGCACUGAGUGUGCACUGUGCAUUCACAUUUUUACAGAGAGAUGUGGUAAAGUCUGUGUGUUGCUGUCGACCGGGGUCAUUGAUAUACAGUCGAUUAUCUACUUUUUAUAAUUAAGGACUCUUAUUAUUUGGAAAAAUGAACUACGAUGAUGAUGAUGACGGCGACGAUGAUGAUGUGUAUGUCUCUGGAAAUAAAAGAUACAAUACCUCCCUACUGAUUUAUUAGUAGUAAAUAAAUAACGACACAGUGAUGAUGCUUUUAUGAUUCAAUGCUAACAAAUCAUUUUCUCUUAGGAGGCAUUAACAUUUAAAAUGUCUGUCGAACAUUUUUUUCUAAAUGCCAGCCACAAUUAUUCUCUCUUGAAAACAAUUACAACUUUCUUUUUGGGUUUGUUUCAUCGAUUUGUUUAAAUAUCAUCGAACACACAAAAUGAGUGCGACUGGCUCUCAUUUAUUAGUUGAUUCAAAGUGAUUUUCUUUUCUUUUCCAGCAAAUAUAUUGAAAUGAUACCUGCAAUAUGGAGUGUAAGUGCAAAUGCUAAUGAAAAUAAAAAUUUCAUUUUUAUACUCGAGACAUGUCACCGAAUAACAAUUGUUUCACAAACACUCAUCCGACGAGAUCAUCAUUUUUAUGUGCAAAUAAUAUCAUUGCUAAUGCACAUAUACCAUAUAGAAAUACGUAACGCACAAUUCUAAUUUAUGUGUAUCAUUUUUUUAUGAGCUGCAUUUUUUUUGUAUCGUUCAUUCAGUGCAUUCAAAUAACAUUUACUUAAUCAGGGUGAGACGAAAAAAAUGUUAUUUCAACUAUUAUCGAGUGAUAACAAUUCGCUACUAGCGAAUAGAAUAUUUGGUUGACUAUCCAAAGCGUAUCCAGCUGAAAUGUCAUUGUGUCGAGCGGAAAAGAAAUAAAAUUAAUAAGCGAAAAUGAAUAUAACGAUUGUUCUCUGCAAUAAAAUAUGAAAAAUAAAAUAAAAAAAGCAUACAUGAAAUUUAAUGUGCAAAAAUAAAAAACCAAACAUAAUAUAUGUCUACAAUAA